CUCUUUAGGGCGGGGAACGAGAGGCAAAACUAGUAGAAGAGCGACAAAAGCAGAAGACAAGGACCUUGACCCGUUGGAACAAGAGUCUCCGGUUUGGCAAGAAGAGCAAAAAGUGCCUGCUUGUUUUAAAGCUUAACCAAAGAUGUGUUUGUUGAGGAGUAAGGAGUGUGUUCGGUGAAUGGCGGAUGCUUUCAAGACGGAUUGUUGUCGCCAUUUCUUGGGCCAAUGAGCAAACAAUUCCGAGCGUCUUGGAUUUCGGUUUGUGGCGUGUUGUUCUACUUUUUCUCCAAUGUGGAGAGGGAGGCACAACUAUCCUUGAUUCCCCCAACGCCCCUGACUCUUCUCCCUAUCGUGUGCCUUUGUUGGGAUCCAUAACGAAUUAUAAAUAUCACUGACAUACAUCCACUGCCGUGUCACCACAUUCACUAUAUUUAAACAAAUAAAUCAACCAGCCAGCCAACCAACCAACCUUCGUUUCAAAAUGGCCGAAGACAAACCCUUCACCAAUGGGAAUGGCGCGGCCACCGACGCCGAAAGUGACGAGGAGGACGCCUCCAAGCUCAGACCCGUCAACAUCGAGCAGGAUGUGCGGGAGAUGGAACGGCGGAAACGCGUAGAGGCCAUCAUGGGAUCCAAGUUGUUCCGCGAAGAGCUGGAACGCGUCGUGACGGAUUCGUUGCGCGAGUCCGGGGCCGAAGGCAUCACCAACAUGCUCUCCGACAUGAUGCACGUCAAGGUCGGCUCGAGCGGAGGAACACGCCCUGGGACGAGUACCGUGUUCCCCAUCAACGAUAUCCGUGGCCUCGAUAGUAUGGGCUACACGAAGCACGAACGGGCGUUGCGAUGUAAAUUGGCAGCCGCCUACCGACUGGUCGACCUGUUCGGCUGGACCCAAGGCAUCUACAACCACAUCACCCUACGCGUUAGUCAAGACACAGAGCAUUUUCUCAUCAAUCCGUUCGGCAUGCUGUUUUCUGAAAUCACGGCCUCCAGUUUGGUCAAGAUCGACAUGAAGGGACAUCUCGUCGAGGGUGGGACCACAAACUUUGGCGUGAAUGUGGCGGGUUUCAUGCUCCACUCGGCCAUUCACUCCGCUCGGCCCGACCUCAAAUGUAUCAUCCAUGUUCAUGUGCCCGCUAUUGUCGCCGUUUCGGCGACCAAGUGCGGUCUUCUCCCACUCUGUCAGGAGGCAUGUCUGAUAGGGGACGUGUCUUAUCAUAAUUACCUUGGUCUGGUGGUGGAGGAGUCGGAACGAGACAUUUUGGCCAAAGAUCUCGGCGUUCAUAACAAGGUCAUGCUCCUGCGCAACCACGGGGCCAUCUGUUGCGGAGAGACCUUGGAGGAGGCCUUCUUGUAUGCCCACCACUUGGUGCUGGCCUGCGAGACUCAGUUGAAGAUGAUGCCUAUGGGCUUGGACAAUCUCGUGCUCAUUGAGGACGACGUGAGGCGAAAGGUGUUCGAGCGAGGUCAAAUGGGCGGGGGCGGGGUCAACAGCACAUCUGAGGGUGGACCCGAUGGGAGUGGCGACAAAAAGAAACGCACCUGGGGAGUGGGUGAAUUGGAAUUUGAGGCGCUCAUGCGGAACCUCGAUAACUCUGGAUACCGCACUGGUUUCACAUUCAAACAGCCUUUGGUGAAGGAAGAACCUGCCAAGCCAAAGAGCGAUGUGGAACUUCCGCCUUCAGUGUCUUCUCUGGGCUAUCUGUUGGAAGAGGAGAACCUGUAUAAAGAUGGACCUUUGAGAGCAUUGUUGGCAAAUUACACAAAGCAAGCGACGAAAGGAGCCGGUCGGACAAAGUGGAUGAAUUCGCCCAAUGUCUAUCAGAAAGUGGAGGUCCUCGAGACCGGAACUCCGGAUCCCAAGAAAAUCACAAAGUGGGUGGCUGAUGACUCGCCCUCGAGAACCACGCCCAUCAGGGUGGAUGAUCCCAAUCAGUUUGUCCCAUUGGGGACCACCAAGAAGGAAUUCAAGAAAAUCCAGAAAGCUAUGAAAGAGGGUCGCCGUGCGGGUGGAAUCACUGCCGGUCCCGAGUCCAAGGUCCUGGAUGGAGCCACGUGGGAAGACCGGGUAGACAGUGUGAAUCGCCAAUACGCAUACGGCGACAUGGACUACAAGGUGGGGGCCGCCUCCAAGGGAAUCAUUCAGAGGGAUUACCAGCAUCAUGCCACGGUCUAUGGCUCGGCCUACGCCAAGAAUCCCUUCGACAACGUCUCCUCCGAGGAGUUGCAAGAGUACCAGCGCAUCAUCGAUGCCAAGAGUCGAAACGAAGACCCAUUUUCACCUGGUCCCGGGGAUUCCACGAUGGGCGACAACACCACCACAGGUGAAUUGACCAGUCCCAUGGGCGAGGUGGUGGCGGAGGGUGCUUCGGAGUCUUAUGUCGUGUCGAGCACGGUUCGGCGGGGCGAGACGACCGCGAAUACUGCCACCACCUCGGGCGCCUUCUCUCCUGUUCUCUCACCCACUUCUGAUACUGAGCAUGACGGUGAUCGAACCUACAAUGGUGAUGAGACGGAUGGGAACCACACGUUUUCCGAGGGCGAAGGUGACACCUCGCGGGCCACGGAUCCCGAUUCCACGUUCUCGCCCAAAAAGGAGAAGAAGAAGCGAUCCGGACUUCGAACGCCCUCUUUCCUCAAGAAGAAGAAAAAGGACAAGAAGUCUUCGUCCAAGGACAAGGCCUAAAUAGAAGAAUCAUCGAACAGAUGCGAACGAGUGAAGAGAUUUGGGUUUUUGUUACUGUCGUUGCUGUUAUUAUUGCGAUGCCAAUAAUAGUGGUGGGGACGAUAAUAAUGAAAGUUAAGAAAAUGAAGAAGAUGAGGAACAAAUCAAUGGUUUGUAGUGGCCGAGGGAACACCUACGAUGAUGAUGAUGAUGAUUGCUAUUAUUAUUCUUACGAUUAAAGCCACACCACACCAUCAACUUCUACCACUCCUAUUACACUUGAGAACUUUAUGAUUAUAUAAUGGAUAUGUAUUCAUCGAUACAUGAACUACUGCCUUCAACCUGUCGACCCUUGACCGGGCUUCUUUGUUUCUUUUGGGUUUAUUUGCGAGUGUCGCGUGUAUCUCUUAUUGAUUAUCAGAUUAUUUUUAUCCUAUUUAUGUCGCGAGAUCCCCUUUCCGCCCAUCAACUACCCUGUUUGUAAAAGUUUGUUCAUAAUUACUGAUACUUACUCCAAACAAAAAGAACGGGAUUAUUCAAUUGACGGACGCUCGUUACGGCACCACCAUCACCAUAACAACAACAACUGCUACUACAACAACAAAAACAACUGCUUUUUCGAUUACUCCAUCACCCACAACUGAUUUUUGUGUUUUAGGCCUUAAUUUUUUGUCCUCUGUCCCCGUUUAUCGUGUUCCCCAUGAUUUUUGGAGUCACUGCCAACCGCUACAAGGGUUUACACGAGCCAACAAUGUUCCCCAGGGGAACAUUGCAAACAAAAAAAAGCCAGCCGGACCCCAAACAACCCGAGAUCUGCCAAUUUCUAUUCAAUCCUCCUUUUCAAACAAUAUCUAGGUACGACAGCUGCUCAUUAUUACUAUCAUCAUCUUCAAAGUGCGUACAAAUGUCGACAGUGAGCGAGUGAGUGAAUAAGUAUGUGCGGAUGGAUGGUCAAAAAGUCUUGGAAACGCGAUGAUUUUAUGCCCUUCCUUCCACCUUACUCCAUAAAAAACAAACACACUUAGUCAGCAGCUCCACUUAACCAUAUAACUUCUAAAAGCAGCAGGAGCAGCCUUUCAUCCUCCUUAAGCAUCACGGUUUUCUUUUUCCACCCACUUCACUCUGCACCGAACUCGAGAUAACGCUCCGCCCUCUCCCCACCCCUUCUAAUUCUGCGAAACCCACCCAUUCAUAAACGGCUGCAUUUCCUCAUUCAAUGCAGAACGGUCGCAUUCAUUAGGAAUACAAUUCCAGUUCGGCUUUGGGAGAAAAGCAAUGAUUUCAAAGCUGAUGGAUGUUGAGAAACCCUUGUGAAUAGGCGGGUCUCGAUGAUGCCCUUUGCUCCCCUCGCUCUGUCCCCGGUUGAUCGUGUGUGCACGUCUCCGCCCAGUCUCGUCUAUGAGGAGGUCCAGAUUACACUUUUAGCUUGCGCUUGUCUGAUUUACUUCAAUAUUUUCUCCAGAAUAAAUGAGGUUUGUAAGAGCCACGCCCAAGGGUC